UUUUCUUAUUCCAUUUUUGUUUCUCUCCUCUUCUUUUAAUCUCUCGUUUGUUUCAUCUGUACAUUACAUUUCAUUGGUUUCUCCUGAGAAUUGAUCAAAUGGGCAUAGAGAAGCUAAUUACAAUCAAGAUGAUCACAGGAAUACUAAACAAAGAUGAUCAGAAAUUCAAUCGCGGGUUAAGAGCAAUUAAAACUCUGUUCUUCUUCAUAUCAAUGUUGAUAUCACUCCUUUUGUUCUCAGCACCGGUUUUACUAGUAUUAACUGAUGCCAUUCUUCCUUGUGCUAUUCUAUCUUUAUCUCUCCCUUCUUCUCAGCUUAAUUCAUCAUUACAGAAUUUCUCAUACACUGACUACGAUUUUCGGUUCAGUCUUGUCGAUAUUCCACUUCUAUCGAUCGUUCGAUCAUUUAUCAUACUGUGUGUGUAUUGUUUAUGUGACGGGCCAGGGCUAACUCGGGGGCCAUACUUGGCGAUAACUACGUUCUCCUCGGUUUCGUCAUUGGCGUUUGUGUCGUUGAAGGCUUCUUAUGUGUUUUGUGUACCAUUUGUUAACGGCGGCGGUGGCGGUGGCGGGGAUGGACAUUAUAUUCGAGCAGCUUUGAUAACGAGCUCGAUUGUUCUCGCUAUCGGUCAUAUCGUGGUUGCUUACCGGACUAGUUGUCGAGAAAGACGGAAAUUGCUGCUUUACAAGAUUGACAUUGAAGCUGUUUCGUCAUGCAAGAAGGGGUUUCCAACAUACAACAAGAUUCUACAACAAGUUAGAGUUAAAUGAUAAAUAAAAGUUCAAUGAUGGAGAUUGGAGAGGAUUGGUUUAUGAAUACGAGGCUAGUAGGUUGCAUGUGUUAUGUUCAGUUUUGCAGUUAACAGUGUGCUUGUCUUCUAACUAUUAUAGAAGGGCCCUGUUCGCCAAUCGCCAAUCCCGUCCCCAACUAUACUUCCUUCCGUGGUGUACUACUGCCGGACCUACUUUGGAAUAUCAGACAGACUGACUCAUCGACUAGUGUUAGCUGUUAAGCUUUUCGUUUAGUUAGUUAAUUAGGCCAAUGAGCCAUCAAGUUUGUCCUUUCGUUUUACAGGCCCAUUUGUAAAUAGAAAAGAAAGAAAAGAAUUGGUAUUAGAGUAUUUCCAUUUGUACUAUUACUACUGUGUAUAAUACAACUACUAGCUUGCUAGGUGACUGACUGCUUCUAUUAUUUCUCUGUGGGUGCAGUUGAUUUUCGAAACACUAUUUUUUUUAAUGAAGUUGUACGUGUAUAUA